AUGCCUCCUCCUCCUACGAAGAUUCCAUCCAUCACAAUCGACGCCGACCUUGUGACGGACUCUAUGGCCGCCAGAUUGUGCAUUAGCUUGAUCGGCCAUGUUUUGUUUUUGAAGAGUCAGGUUCCUUUCCCUGUCAUACAGAUGGCACGGAUGCCCGGUGGCGAUACCACAUCUCGAGCUGCGAAGAAGCGCCAUGAGCUCCUCAAUUCAUUUGACACCCUUGCAUCACACCUCAAUACGACAUUUACAGCACUCUCCACGGCGUUUUCUCACCACUGUGGGACGAAAGGUGCUCGAAGUUCUGGUUGUGCCUACCUUGCAGUUGUUCUUGGUCCUACGCCUGGAUCCGCCAAAUGUAGGGUAAUGGUGGGUGUGGAUGCUUUAGAAGCAAAGGUCUGGGGAGAACGAGAUGAUUGUUCGGGGAGCGGGGAUGACGACGAGAAAAGUGAUAGUGAAGAUGACUCUGACUCGGACAACGGCAGUGAUGGCGAGGCCGACUCAGAUGAAAGCGGUAAUAGUGAUAGCAGUGAUAGUUCAGGCGAUGAAGAAGCAGCUUCGGAAACGGAGUCCGACGAAUCUCCUCGAGCAGCCUCCCCACCACCGUCUAGGACGCCUUCUCCCUCCUCUUCUCCGCCUCCUCAACCACACAUACUAUCUCCAACUUAUGCCCAAGAACUUGAAGCCCUCCGCACCGCCGAACGCCUGCUCUCUCGCACACUUGCAAGCGCGUGCGGGGAAAAUGAUGGACAGGGCAUGGCCAGCGAAAUGGCUCCAACUCAGACGCACAUAGUGUUGCGUGCUCCGCGAAAAUUUAUGCACCCGGCGUGGGUACCUAGGCAAGCACUCAGCGGUGCUUUUGACGCGCUGCUAGACCAGUUUCUUGAGGAAUCUGGGGAGCGUCCAACAAGAGAUGGUAUUAAGAAGAAGAAAGGCGGAAAAGUGGAAGGUGUAUGGAUUCGCAGCCGACAGAGACUAACCGAAGAUUCGGAAACAAUAUCGAGCCAUGAAAUUCCAGAAGAGGACGAGAUGAUUUGGUGGACAUGGGACGGGAAGCUCGUUGGAUUUGCGGACUGGUGA